AUGACUACAGCCAGCAGCACUUCCCCGUUGCGGAUUGGAGUGGUGGGAUAUGGGCACCUGGGGCAGUUCUUGGUGGAGAGGAUUUUAUCGGAGGGUCCUGAAGUGGGACUGGAGCUGGCUUUUGUUUGGAACAGAAAUGCAGACAAACUCAAAGGCGAGGUCCCACCACAGCUCAUUCUCCAGGACCUGUCAUCAUUUGCUCAGAGAGGGUGUGACGUCAUCGUGGAGGUGUGCCAUCCUCACAUCGUGCAGGAGUUUGGAGAGAGAUUUCUGUCAAAGUCUCACUUCCUGGUGGGUUCUCCCUCCGCCCUCUCAGAGCCGAAGCUGAACCAGCAGCUCAGGAGGGCAGCUCAGCAGGGGGGCCGGACUCUGUAUGUGCCCAGUGGAGCUCUGUGGGGGGGGCAGGACAUUCAGAGGCUCAGCGACAGUGGGGCCUUGAAGGCGCUAUUCAUCCGAAUGUCCAAGCACCCGUCCUGUUUCCGGCUGACCAACGACGUGCUCUCUGAUUGGUCGGAGGCUGAGGGUAGGCGGGUGCUGUUCAGAGGCUCAGUGGCGGAGUUAUGCCCACUCGCCCCCAACAACGUGAACACUAUGGCAGCUGCGGCGGUGGCAGCAGGAGCUCUGGGCUUCGCCGGGGUGCAGGGGGAAAUAGUGUCCGAUACAGAGCUGAGCGACUAUCACGUCGUGGAGGUAGAAGUGACAGGUCCUGAUGGCUUCACAGUGCACACAGUGAGAAGAAAUCCUGCCAAACUUGGAGCUGUGACCGGCGCCGCUACAUACAAGUCAUUUUGGAACAGCUUGCUCGUUUGCAAAGGCCACGGCGGACGCGUUUACCUGUGCUGA